UGUUGUCUUAUUUUUGGCUUCCUGCGGACGCCGUAGUUUGAGUCGCGUUGACAACUUUCUAGCGUUUCGUUGUCUGCGGGUAAAAAGGAUGGAGGGCCUCUCAGCUUUGUGUACCCCAGCCCUGGUUGUGGAUUUGGACAAAGUGAAGAGAAACGCUCAGAGAAUGAUCGAACGCUGCCAGAAAAUGGGGGUCCAGCUUCGCCCACACAUGAAGACUCACAAAACCCUUGAGUGUGCAGACAUAAUGACUGCCGGAUCCAGGAGGUGUAUAGUUGUUUCCACCCUGGCGGAGGCCUUUUUCUAUGCUGAACAUGGAUUUGAUGACAUCCUCUAUGCCUACUGUCUCCCAUUUGAUAAGAUGGAGCGCUGUGCCGCACUGUCAGAGAAACUGGAUCUUUUCCAAGUUCUACUGGACCAUCCUGAUGCCCUUGACCAGCUCAAAAAGAGGCCACUGAAAAACGGCCGCCUGUGGCAUGUCUGGCUCAAGCUGGACUGUGGCAAUGGGAGGGCCGGUGUGCUUCACUCAGAGCCAGGGGCGCUCCAGCUGGCCCAAGCUAUUGCUGGGACAGAGGGUGUGGAGCUGACAGGAGUGUACGCUCACUGUGGGAACACCUACACCUGCAAAGGGUUGGAGCAAAUACAGGCGGUCGCGCAGGAAACUACCAGCUUUGUUCUGGAUUUCAUGGAAAAGUUGAGAGCUGCUGGCAUCACAUGUAAGUCCAGCAUCGGGUCGACUCCUUCUUGUAGUCACCCAGUCAAAGACAUGGCAAAGCUGGAUGAGGUGCAUCCUGGAAACUAUGUCUUUUAUGAUGUGCAGCAGUCUAUUAUUGGCUCAUGCUGUCUGGACGAUGUGGCCGUGAGGGUUUUAUCAGGAGUCAUCGGACACUGUCCUCACAGGAACCAGCUCCUGAUUGACUGCGGAUGGAGUGGAAUCAGUUUGGAUGGAGCAGGAAAACUUUCCACAGGAUACGCUGUAAUAGAAGGACAUCCAAAUCUCAAGUUGUUGUCUAUGACUCAAGAGCAUGGAAGAGUGGAGCCGAUCUCAGGUUUACUGGAUUACAGCAAAUACCCUCUUGGCUCUUUGCUAACAUUGAUCCCCUAUCAUUCGUGUGCAACAGCCAUGAUGCAUCCUGUCUAUCAUAUUCAUAGUGACGGACAUCUGCUGGGGAAGUGGACCCCCACUCGUGGGUGGUGAAGCCUAUCCAGCUGUCAUACAAUAACUUCUCCGUGGGAUAAGUGUGUUGAAACUUUUAGGAAAAAAAACUCAACCUGUGUAGUUGAGUUCCAAAUAAUGGAAGAUCAAAUUAAAUAAAUAAAGUUUAUCAUUCCAAGAUCUGUAGAUAUAUUUUGAUCAAAUAAAAGCAAAUAAAAGUUUGAAUGCACUGUCAUGUAACAAAAGUCAUAACAAUGCUGUUUCUCUGAAUUUUAUAGAAUUUCAUGGUGUAAAAUUAAAUUAGACUGCACGCGCUUUAGUAAUGGAAUCAGCAACUAAUCCUCAGCGUAUAAGAGAAUUUUAUCUGCAGGUUCAUCAACUUUAGCAGUUUGAUUCUGUGGUUGAAAUUAUUUCAUAAAUGUUUUAUGGUGAGAUUUUUGAGCUCAUGUCUGCAUGUUUAUGUUAUGUUAUAGUCAUGCAUGUUACUUUUGAGUUGCUUGUAAAACAUUUACAUGUGUUGAGUGAAAUUCCAGCUUAAGCAGAGCAUCUUUUCAUGAUGAAUAUAUGAAAAAUAAUGUAAACUAUGCAAUGAUAAUUUUACAUUUUCAUAGUUAAGAAUGUGUGUAGUUGUGGAACUUAAUAAAAUCACUUCCAGGAAUGUCUUAAAAUUAUUGUAAUAAAAUUUAGCUCCAGAUUA